AUGAGUAGUAAGUAUGUGACAAACAUAACUUUGCCUCUAUGCUUCUGCUUUCUCUGCUGGACUCAGAUCACAUUUUAUGAGGACAGGAACUUCCAGGGCCGCUCCUAUGAGUGUGACACCGACUGCCCUGACAUGCACCCCCACUUCAGCCGCUGUAACUCCAUCAAGGUGGAGAGCGGCUGCUGGGUGCUGUAUGAGAAGCCAAACUACACCGGCUACCAGUAUGUUCUGACCAGGGGAGAUUACCCAGACUACCAGCGCUGGAUGGGCUACAAUGACACCAUCCGCUCCUGUCGUACUUUCUCUUAUGUGAGUAAAUAUUUUACCAGCGAGGGCCCCUACCGCAUGCGCAUCUACGAGCGUCCCAACUUCCAGGGUCAAAUGAUGGAGUUCAGCGACGACUGUGAGUCAGUGCAGGAUCAUUUCCGCAGCCGUGACAUCUACUCCUGCAACGUCAUGGAGGGCUACUGGACCCUCUACGAGCACCCCAACUACCGCGGUCGGCAGUACUUCAUGAGGCCCGGAGAGUACCGCAAGUUCAGUGACUGGGGGGCCACCUGUGCCACCACCGGGUCCUUCCGCAGAAUCACAGAGUUUUAAUCAAGAUUCUCACUUGAUUCUGUUGAUUUUAUACACAUUUCAAUUUUAUCCAAAACCCCAUUUUCCUCCUUUAAAAGACAUCUAUUUGUGGAAACUGGUAAUGUUUAUAAAAUAAUGUGUCUCAUGGUACAAGGAGUGGGAUGUAUGAUAAAGAGAUUGACCCGG